AUUAAACGCCCAGUUGAAGCUCUGACAAAAAAAAAAGAGGUGGAAUGGCUGGUUCUGCUACUGCUCAUGGCUUCCCAACUAGCUUUUUUCUUCCUCCUCGCAGCGCGGGACACUUUACUUACUUGCUAUCAUCACUACAAAUUCAACCUAAAAGGAGCAAUUUCAACUUGCUCAACACUUGCCCUUUAUCGCAUUUAUCAAUCAAAUGUUCAUCCUCGACUAAUGGAUCUAUCACGGAUGAUAAUUUUUUCCAACAAAACAAAAGUUUAGAUAGCCAAGAGAGCAAAGGGUUUUGGAAGAAAUGGAAGGAGAACUCAGCGGAAAUGAGUGCGAAGGUAGCAAAGCUAGGCCUUGCGGCAGUUCUUGCUUAUGGCAUUAUUGAUGGUGUCACAUACACUAGUUUCUUUGUGCUUGCAUUUAUGGGCUAUGAGAAGACCACCGGCAAUAAUCCUGCUGCAAACCUCCAAUCUUUGUUGGGGAUUAUAAUCGCAAUGUGGACGGGAAAUAAUGUGACCAGGCCAUUUAGGGUUGCAGGAGCAGCUGCUCUGGCACCUGCCAUUGACAAGGGACUAAAGAGAAUACAGAAAUACUUAAACUUUCCAAGUCUCGUAUAUGCUUUUGCUUUAGUGGUGACUAUAGUUGCUGGGACAUGUUUCACCAUUAUUGGUUUACUCAUCCUUUCAAGAUGGGGAAAGUGAACGAUUCCACCCAUAAGUUAGCUGGAUAUUUGUUGUAAUCUGUUGAGUGUUACUUGUAUCAUUGAGAUAGUCCUCUGACUAUAUAAUUUUUCCACUUAUAUGGUCUCGUAAAAGUAGUUGGAAACGUGUGUUUAAUUAUUAAAAAAAUUUCUUAAGUUCAGAGUUACUUAAUUGAAUGACAAGUUAAUGUUGUUAUAU